GAAAAAAGAGACCGACUUCACCACUUACAAAGAAAUAAAAGAUAUAUUUGGCACGAGAAACAUUGUGUAUGCCAGAGCAAAGUUCAAUUUGCGAUCUCAAAAAGAAGGCGAGGCUGCUCAAGAUUACAUUAGUGACCUGAUGUUUCUUGCAAGAAGUUGCGAUUUUUGCAUUCUCGAAGACGAAUUAAUCAGAGAUCGUUUGGUAGUUGGAAUCAGAUACGCCAGAUUGAGCGAAGCCAUACAAAUUACAAAUGGAUUGUGGAUUAACUUUAGAUAAAGCAAUCGAAAAAAUCACACAGAGCGAGCGAAUCAAAGAGGAAAACAGAGAGUUGAGAGGAAAGAAGGAAAAUGAUAUCGGACGAGUUAUGCAAAGAGGAACAAGAGGAAAAGAUGAAUGGGAAGAAAAUGAACACUCAAAUAAGGUGGAAGAGGAGGAAAAAACCUGUCCAAAAUGUGGUAAAAGCCCUAACCAUUCAAGAUUCAAAUAUACAGCUAACAAAGUAAGAUGCAAAAAGUGUAAAAUUGUAGGACACUAUGCAAUACAAUGUCGUACCAAAAAUAGUCGUCACCUUCCGACGAAUCCAGUUGCGGAACAAUAGAAGAAAUCAGAAAUAUAUACAGAGUGAAAGAAAACAGUCCAUGGAAGGUGAAAUUAAAGAUUGGGAAUGAAAAAAUAAAAUUCAAACUAGAUACCGGCGCAGAUGAGACAGUUCUCUCACUGAGAGACUACGAAACAAAGUUAAAGAAUUUUUAUGAAUUAGAAAAUACCAAAAUUAAACUGGUUGGACCUGGGACAGGCAAACACUGCGAGUUACAGAUAUUUGGUCAAGUUGAAAUUCCAGUCUCGUUGCAUGGCAAGAUCAA